UGUGGCUCAAAGACCCAGCGGCUCUUGUGGCAGAAUUGGCGGCGGUGGUGGCAGUGGCCGGCAUCUUCCACGGCAUGUUCCGCGCUGUUUCUCUGGCUAGGCUGCUGAAGAGUGUGAAUGCCCCACUCAUUCGUUGCUAUAGCGGACCUGCCGGCCCUGUGCGUGAGCAAAUUGCCUCUUCUGGAUACCCAGACAUGUCAAUGUCUCGGAUCCUUUUGGAUCGCUGCCUCGAAGAGGCAGUGGGGCGAGGUGUUGAUGUGUCCAGCGCCUACGAACCAUGGCUGCCGGUGGAUUUGUUCCAGACGCUGCUGGUUGACAUUCACGAGCACACAGGCUGCACCUGGCUCUCAGCCAUCGUCUGCACCUGCGUGGCAAUUCGGACCCUCUUGUUGCCCGUGAGCGUCGCAUCCAUCCGUGGCUCCCGAGAGAAGGCGGUCCUCCAGCCGCAGUAUGAAAACCUCAUGCAGAAGCAGAAGGAGCUACGGAUUGAUGGAGACCCUGAGAAGAACAGCAAGAUCCAAAAGCAGAUCCAACAGUUUACACAAAAGCAUGGCAGAUUGUUCAUGAUGAAGGGCACUUGGAACUUGAUCUUCGUGCAGCUGCCGCUCUAUAUCACUGCGUUUGCAGCCCUUCGGGGUAUGGCUGGACAUCCGGACUUGUUUCGUGGCUUCGCCAUGGAGUCGCCGCUGUGGCUCGAGAGCUUGGCUUUGGCGGACCCAUGCUACGUCAUGCCCAUUCUCACCAGCGCCAUCAUGCUCACCAACCAGGAGCUCUUUGGAUCGGUUGACACAGAGGCGGCGGCGCCCACAGAGGUUGCAGAUGGAAGUGGUCAGGUUGGACAAAGCACGAUGCAAAAGUAUCAGAAGAUCAUUGCACGUAUUUCGGCGCUGCUGUUCAUCCCAUUUACACAAAGCUUUCCUGCAGGUGUUUUCAUUUUCAUGUGCACCAACAUGGUGACUGCUGCCGCUCAAAACCAAGUUCUCCGCCAGCCGGCUGUGGAGCGUUGGCUGGAGAUCCCGCCCAGAGCGAAAAAGAAAGAGAUUGGUGACGGUGACCAUUCAAGUGAGACAGACUCAAGACGAACAUUGGCUUUGCUGAACCUGAACCUUCGGAACGGGAGCCGCCGCUUAGCGACGCCAAGCGCUCGGAGCGCGGCCGCGAAACGGGACGGGAAAGACGAUGCGGACGACGGCGGGAGGCAAAUGCUCCCGACCUCGGAGAAUUCCUCCGCAAGUCUGACGUCUUCGUCUCCUUCUUCGCGUUACACCGUGAAGCGGAAGCUUUAAAAGUGUGACGCUGCCAAGUGUUGAACUGAACGCGUCCCGGUGUUGGACUUUCAUGCGCGAAAAAAUCUCACAUGCUGACAGCCCCUAUAGCAAAGCGUCCACCAAGAUCUGGUGC